CACACCCAGCUCCGUGACCUCUGCGCUUUGUGGCGUCUCUGCCUUUUACACUCAAAGGCAAUCGCCAAUCUUUCCAAGAUAUACCACAUCUGUCUGCCGAGUACUGUCUCCCGUUACAUCACACUGCUCCAUGGAGAGCUUAAUAUGAUUGCAGAGGGGUCCAUUAUCUUUUCGAAUUGAGUAUGCCAUUGUGAUCCUGGAAGCUUAGGCUGAAAUCUGCCUGGAAACAUGUCGUUUAUUAGCGAUGACCUGCGGCGAGUGGACGCUACCCUAGACAGGUUCCAGCUGAAGGAGGCGGAGGAAAGGGUGUCCGCCGCAACGACCGAAGGAGAAAGAGUCGCUGCUCCGCCUGUUGAGGAUACUCGAACUGCCGAACUCAAAGCAGUAGUCAGAGCAUUAUCGACAACUUCAAGCUCGAGGCCCCUCCUACGUCGCUCUCGGUUGCGCAGUCUGCUACGUCAACUUGGCAGAAAAGAGGGGGAACAGGUGGUUGCUGAGACAAUUUCACCAGACAUUUCUAAUCUGGAGUGGAUUGCGACUGGAAAGGCAACGGCUCAGGUCUACGGGCUGAUCCUCAGUUCCCUCUUGGAUCGAACAAUUCCCUUGAGCGAGUCUAUCUGGUACUGGGACGAUAUCUUGGGAUCUUACGGAAAUAUUCUCCUCUACACAAUUCAAACAUCACCCGUCAGGUUUUGGGAGCAGGCGAAAGAGGUUUAUGCUGAUGCACGGCAGAAGUUCGUGCACGGCCAUGACCUCACAGCGUCCGCGAGACAAGCUACAAGGACCGUGACUGAGGGUUGGCGGGAGUUCUAUGGCCUGGUUCAAAACAGCAUUCGAGAGCGCUCUCUGGCCCAAGCCCAAACAAAGAUCCUGUCGCCGUUUUCCAUAGCCCGGAUGCAAGCACGGAGAAAUCUAGAGCGCAUACAACAUCUCCGGAAGACCAGUGCGGGAGCAAUCGGCAGACUUGUUAGGGAAUGCCUUGUUUUCGGUGGAUCUGCAGAAGAUCGGAGGCAUGGUGCCUUGCUGCAAGUGCUGGAAGUCGAGGAAGAUGACUGGCAGACCACGAUAGCUCGAGCGGCCUAUCUGCUGGAUAGUGCCACAAGGAGUCAAGAUGAUGUUGAAGAGUUUAGCUUUGACCCACGAACAGCCUCCUCAACGGAGGUUGCUAACCUCUUGGUCAAGAUUCUCGAUGAGCGCCUUCCGAAACAGGAAAAGGAGGCCCGUGAAUUGCGAUUACAAUACGGCAAACCGUCGAGAUUAGUUCGCUACUGGAUUCCUGCCGUUGGCCUCCUCCUCUCAGGGAGUACACUUCUGCGGAUACUUGUCAACAGAAAAGCCGAAAUUGUCCAAUGGUUCCGAGACCUAGGCCAAACGAGCAUCGACUUCUGGACAAACUGGGUCAUCGAGCCGACGAAGAAACUCGUCGGCACGAUCCGCCACGACGAGCAGAGCGAAAUAGCGAUCCAAAGCCGCGAUAGUCUUCGCGCGGACAGGGAAAGUCUGGAGCGUAUGGUGGUUGACUUCGCCAUUCAGCACCCGGACGAGAAGGGCGCCAAUUUUACAGAAGCACAGAUUGCGGAACUCAGGGCGAAAGUGAAGGAAGGGGACCUCACGCCGGUCUUGAGGGCGUACGAAAGAGAGAUGCAGAGUCCGAUCAAGAACGCCAUCAUGGGCGACCUGGUCCGGACCUUGCUCAUCCAAGUCCAGAAGACCAAAGUCGACGUCGAGGUCGCGAUCGGCGGAAUAGAUUCUCUGCUCAAGAGCCAAGAAUUGCUGUUUGGCUUCGUUGGCAUCGCGCCUGGGGUGCUCAUCUCCUAUUUCCUCUUCCAAUGGUUGAGGAGCGUGCUCGGCGGGCGUAAGGGCCUACGCCAGGGCAUGAAGAAGGGCGAGACAAUCCGUCUUAUCAGAAACAUCGACCGCACACUGACCUCUUCGGACCUCGACAUCGACCAAGGCAUCAUCUCCGAAGAAAACCACGGCUUCCUCCUCUGCGAGACUCACUUGUUGCGUCAACGCGCCGCCCAAGUCCUGCCCAGGAGCGUGUGGAGAGAAUUCCUCGAGGACCUCGACGAUCUACUUGACGUCAAGCAGGGAGUCAAUCGGCAGAUCCAGGUCGUGAGACGGAUCGAAUGGGCCUAUGCGAAGUGGUUAAGAUGAUAAUGUGCGGUGUGCGAGUCCUACGAUGGGAACCUGCAGUAGAACAAGGUAGAGGCAGACUCUGUGUUGGUGUGUAUGUGUGCAAGAAAUACUCUCUCUGUACGGUGUGUACCGUGGUCAUAGCAAAGAAGUCCCUCCUACACAGCCACCACCGCCGGCCAGCUACUCGCUUCACCACCACCAAGACCAGAGAAAAAAAAAGGACAGCCGUCAAAUAGCUGUCUCAGAUCCGAGAGAUCAAUCAAAGCAACUACAAAAUAUGUUCAUCAUCUCGUGACAUGGAGACAGCCCUCGCUUGCAAGUAGCCGUCCCCGGGUAUCCAAACUUUUC